AUGGCUUGUUGCAACGAUGUUAGUGAUCCGCAGAACGUUACUACAAUAUAUGCAGUGGAGUCAAAGGUGAAGAGAGCAUUGACAGCUCUGCUUGCGAAGGCUGAGCGAGUCUUGGAGCUGAAUGGGAUGCAACGGCCGGCCGCUUCCCAGCCGAUCAGAGUUCGUGCUGGUAGCCUGAAGACUUCAGCAAACCGCGCAUCAUUUCGAAGCUGGCAGGUGUCCUGUGCGGAGCUCCGAAACAGGACGUGGAGAAGGCUGAUUCUGCGGUUCGCGGUGGUGGCAACGAUGAAGCCUUGCUGUAAGCUCUUGCCUUGUCCGAAGGCUUACAGGGCCAGAGCCCUCCAGAUGCACCCUGACGGGGAGUUCAAAGCGCUGCUGGACGCGAAGACAGUUCUCUUGUCAGAUGGAAGACACGUCAGCUCUGCUACGUCAAAGGAGGACACUUUCAGGGCCCAUCCCAGAAGUGACACAUAG